AUGGAAAGCACUGAUAGUCAUCAUGGAAUUGACGCUAAAGAUCUAAGCUUGGUCCUAGACUUAGUACUUUCUUACAAGUUCAAAAUACCAGAAUUUGAAAAGUACAACGGGACCAGUUGCCCCGAAGCUCACAUCACCAUGUUUUACAGACAGAUGACUGGAUACGUUAAUAAUGACCAACUACUAAUACACUACUUUCAGGACAACCUGGUGGGGGCAGUAUCCAAAUGGUACAACCAAUUGAGUCGUACCAGGAUUGGUUCGUGGAAGGACCUAGCACAAGCAUUCAUGAAGCAGUAUUGUCAUGUAACGGAUAUGAAUCCUGAUAGAAUUACUUUACAGAAUAUGGAGAAAAAACCUAGUGAGAGUUUUAGGAAGCGCCACAAAAAUUUUUCAGAUAUAGUCAUGAAUGGAGAAAUGAUCGAGAAUGCCAUAAGAAGUGGAAAGAUAGAUGCAGGAGAGAGUAACAAAAGGUCAGCCUUAAGGAAAAAGGAAAAUGAGGUGAACAACAAAAGUGCGUAUAAUAAGGGUUACUCAAAAUCAAUUACUGUAAAUCAGCCAAGAAAAGUGGUUGCUGAUCAACAAAUUUCAUCAAGGAAAGAAUCUGGCACGAAGCAAAACGCUGAAAAGCCCCAAUUUAUGCCAAUCUCGAUGUCAUAUAGGGAGUUGUAUCAGAGCUUAUUCAAUCCACAUGUCGUUUCUCUUUUUUACUUAAAAUACAACCCCUGUACCCCAAAUGGUAUGACGUAA